AGUCACUGGAUUAACAUGAAGGUACUGCUGGAGGAGCUGCACUCUAAGGGUCAUGACAUCACCGUGAUCCGACCAAGUUCAAGCUUAUACAUCACAGAACACCCAGAUAUGUACACAUCCAUUGUAAUUGAGGAUGGCAUUGACAAUAUAAGUAACUUUUUUGAAGAAUACUUAAAUAAGACAAUGGCAGUCCAGAGAGGUGAGGCUUCUGUCCUGACCUUCUUAAAAAUCCAGAUGGGUUUUCUAUCGAUGAUCUCGAAUGCACAUCUGCUGUCAUGCAAUAUUGUGAGCAGAAUCAUUGAAGAUAAAGAGCUGAUCAAAAGGCUACAGGAUGAACGAUAUGACCUUGUGCUCACGGAUCCAGCCAUGGCGGGAGGUGUUGUCUUGGCCCAUUACCUGAAGCUGCCCUUGGUUCUGAAUGUGCGUUGGAUUACCAGUGGUGAGGGUCAUUUCGCCAUCGCACCUUCACCACUGUCCUACAUACCUGUACCAGGCACUGGCUUCUCAGACAAAAUGUCUUUCCUUCAAAGAGUUAAGAACAGCAUUUUCAGUAUGAUUAUUCUGUUCCAGGACAGGUUUAUGGUGGGGCCACAUUACAAAGCACUGUGCAAGAAGUACUUUAACAAAGAUUGUGACAUUGUGAGUCUCCUUCAGGAGGCUGAUAUUUGGCUCAUGAGGCUUGAUUUCGUGUUCGAGUUCCCCAGACCCACCAUGCCGAAUGUUGCCUACAUAGGAGGGUUUCAGUGCAAACCCUCACAGCCCCUAUCUGAGGAUUUGGAGUCUUUUGUGCAGAGUUCAGGGGAACAUGGCUUCAUCAUUAUGUCACUGGGAACACUGGUGAAUAGUCUUCCAGUUGACACAGCAGACAAAAUUGCUGCGGUGUUUGCGAAACUACCGCAGAAGGUCAUAUGGAGGCAUCUAGGACCUAGCCCUUCCACACUGGGCAAUAACACACUGCUGGUGAAGUGGAUGCCACAGAAUGACCUCCUGGCACACUCAAAGAUCAAAGCUUUUGUAGCUCAUGGAGGCACCAAUGGAGUCCAGGAAGCCAUUUACCACGGAGUGCCCGUCCUUGGCAUUCCCCUGUUCUUUGAUCAGUCUGACAACCUUAUGCGGAUCCAAGCCAAAGGAGCAGCUAUCAUUCUUGAGCUGUCUCAGCUGAACGGUCACACUUUCAAACAGACAUUAAUGAAGCUUCUCACUGACAACUCCUACAGUACCAACAUGCAGCGACUCUCCAGCCUACACAGGGACCAGCCCAUGAAACCUCUAGAAACGGCUGUCUUCUGGAUCGAGUACGUUAUGAGGAACAAGGGAGCUACCCACCUGCGCACCCAGUCCUACAGGAUGCCUUGGUACUCAUACCAUUCCGCUGAUGUGCUUCUGUUCCUGUUUGGUAUAGCAGCUGUGCUGAUGUUCACUACAGGGACAUUCAUAAGAUACGUUUGCCAUAGAGCCUGUGGUAAAAGAAAAAUGAAAAAUGAGUGA